GACAGCAUGGUUGGACACACAAUGAGAAACAGAUGAGGAAGGGGAGCACAGGAGUAGAGGAAAUCAGGAGGUGAGGAAACAGUGAUUACAGGUCACAUUGGAAAUGGUCAAGACUUGAUAAAACAGGAGGACAAGGCAGAAAAGAAGAGAGGCCAGCAUGGUGAGGUCAGUUCCAUAUCUUCCUGUCAAAAAUAGGGGCUGGGAUCAAGGGCAUGGCCAUCCUGUCAGUGACCACAGGGCGGAUCUUCUGCAGCUUGAGAAAGAAGAAGCGAGAAUCAUGAAGGAAGUUGCUGGUCACAAGGAGAUGGAGAUAGGGAGGACCUGUCCCCAAUCUCUCCUCCAUAGAAUAGGGCCCAGGAGAUGUGGGUCAUUUUACCCUGAGUCUCUCCUGACUCCUGAGCACUCCAAGGUCCCUGAACAGGGCCUCCAUUCUGGCCUGAUGGCUCUGCUGGUCUCACUUCCUGGAGGGAAUCAGGCCAUGACUUGGAUCCUGCUUCUGCUGAUGUCAGCUGCUUGUCUGCAAGCUGGUAACUCAGCAGGAUCCAAAAGAGAAAUACCCUUUGGGGUCAACCAAACAGCACGCCUCUCUGGUGUCCAGGGCGGCUCCAUCGAGAUCCCCUUCUCCUUCUACUUCCCCUGGGAGUUGGCAAAGGAUCCACAGAUGAGGAUUCUCUGGAGAUGGAAGCACUUCCAUGGGGAAUUUAUCUACAACUCCUCCUCGGGUUUCAUACAUGAGCAUUUCAAGAACCGGCUCAUCCUGAACUGGACACAGCCUCAGACAUCCGGAGUCCUCAGAAUCCUGGACUUGAAGGAGAAGGACCAGACAGUGUACUUCUGCCGAGUUCAUCUGAACACAAAACACGGCUUGGAGACUGUGCAGUCAAUUCAAGGCACCCAGCUGACCAUCACACCUGGCAUCAGGACCACCAUGCAGAGCCCCUCCAUCGUCACCUCUGCAGUCACCAGAGCUGGCCUGGAGGACACAGAGGGCCAGAGGAAUCCUUCACUUGUGAACCUGGGAGCCACAGUCGGAGUGGUGGUGGCCACAGCUGUGCUCAUAACCCCCGUCUGUGUGUUGAUGGUCUUCCUCUGGUGGAAGCCAAGCAGAUCUAAAGCCAUGGUGACUAGAAGACUGCAGGACAGGAGCAGAGAUGAGCAGAGAGUGGAGUGUAACAGAGAGCAGAAAUAAAGUUUGAAGAUGUGGCCCCUGGGAUUCAGAAGGGCUCAGCCCUCCAAUAGGUAAGAGGAGCAUCUGAGAGCUGGAGAGCAGCAGCCUGAGAGGCAGCAGAAGUCUGACUGGGAUUCGAACCCUGAGGCUGAAUCUGCAGGGUGGCAGCAGCCUGCACUCACAGGGAAAGCUAGAGAGCCAAAGGGAGACAAAAGGGAGGCGUGGUGAGUGCAGAGCAGGGAAAGCAGGGAGGUGACAUGGGUUCAAGACAGGGAAGGAAGCAGAGGGAGAAGGACAUGGACAAGGGACAAAGGACCAGGAGAGCUGUCCUCUGAUUGGCUGUGCUGUGCAGAAGGACAGCUGAGGACUGUCCUCAGGUCCUGGUGACUCUCAGAGCUGUCCCUGAAUGUCUGCUGCAGAGCUGUUUGCUGCCCUGGGCUCCUGAUGUUGUCUGAACACAGAGAAGAGCUGAGAGGCAGAUGGAGGAUCAGCAUGGCUGCCACACUGACACUGUUUCUUCUC